AUGAGUUAAUUUGAUUUGUUGUUAAAUCAAUAUUAAAAUAUAAAUGUAAAACUCGCCGUCUUGAGAUUAGUAAUUACAAUAACAGCUGUUAAGUUCGUUGAUACUUAUACAAAGUUAACUCAAAUAAAUGCUAGCACAUUUGAACAUGUGAUAUUGUCUUGAGUUUGAUACAACAACAAAUAAUAGAGUAGUUGUUUUUAUAAAUUUCAGAUAGUUGAAGACUUAGAGAAAGAAUCUUGUAUAAAGUAAUAAAGAAGAUUAAGUUUAUCACUAGAAUUAAAUUGAAGCUAAUACAUUAUUAAAAGAGAAGAAGAUAUCAGGGUUACUAUUCAAGAUAUUUCAAAUAAUGAAUCUACUUAUGCAAGAGAAGAGGCAUCAAGAAAUCAACAACACGAAACCUUUGUUAUUAAGUUUGCUGCAAUUGAUGAUGUGA